GUAGCGCUAGCAGGUGAUGAUGGCAUCAUCGUUGACGAGAAGAACUGCCACAUCUUCUUGGCCUCGGCGGGCUUGGCUGUGAACCUUGCAUCGAACUUGCAGUUGUUGGAGGUCUGGGGGGAUCCAGCCACUCCCUAUUCUUCAGGACCGCGGUGGAAAUGGCAUGACUACUCCCAAGGUCGGGCGCCCGAGCACGGAUCGUGGGAGAAGCCCGUGCAGGUUUCCAAGGUGGCCAGUGUGGUGCAGUUUGCCGCCACGUCGCAUUUCCACGUGCUGACGGAGGUACUUGGGCGGCUCUGGUUGCUGGUGUCGCAUGGCGUUUUGGAAGAUCCCGAAAUGCACCUGGUGCUGCCGAAACCGUUUGGUUUCCUGGCUGCUGGGCUUAAGCUGCUGACUCAGGAGCUCGAGCUGCCAAGCAAGAGGUUCAUUCACUGGACGUCAGGGCCAAAUGACGUUCGACUGCGGGCGGGAACGCUCGUCUUCGCGAACUGGAAGUCUCCGGUGAAGUUCGGGGACGAUGGUGGCCACUGCCCCACACCCGGGGCCGUGCUCCGGGGUCUCUGCAGCGCAUUGCAGCCGCUCGCUGCUCAAAGGCCGGCGCCUCGCGCGCUUGUCUUCAUCAAGCGGAAGAAAGGCGACAUGCGAAGCAGCCUGCAAGACGAGUCCUGGUUCACAGAGCAAGUAAAGCAGCUCGCGACGCCGACGCUGCAAUUCCAGGUAUUCGAUGGAAGUGCCAAGCCAAAGCGCACUGCCCAGCUCUUCGCCCGGGCCCGGAUAGUCAUUGGGGCCCACGGCGGCGCUCUAUCGAACAUCCUCUUCUGCCCAGAGGAUGUGGAGAUCUUCGAGCUCGGUUUCCGAACGCCUUUUGCAGGGCAUUACCGAUAUCUGUCGAAGAUGCUCAACUUGCGGAUGACGUUGCUGCCCCUGGUGCCGGAUAGCCGGGGCAUCGGAAGCCGAGACAUCGCUUUUGCAAACUUGACGGAGGCCCUUGAGGUAGUUCGGGCCGCUGCCCUGGGCUCGGGCGAGGCCAACCUUCACUCUGAGCUCUAA